AUGUUAAAGGAAGAUACGCAGUUAUAUACAACAGAUUUAGUAUCAAUAAGUCAAGAAGAGAAUGAAGAGCCACCAGGACGUUCAACACUAUUUGGAGUUUUAAUUUUAUUAUUAAAUACUACGAUUGGCUCUGGUACUCUUUUAAUUCCAUAUUGUUACAAGUGUGGAUUAGCAUUAUGCAUCACAACUUCUUUUGCAUUAGGCGUAAUUUCGCUUUGGUCACUUUGGAUGUUAAUUGAUUGCGCCAGAGAAACAAAAGCUCGUGAUUACUCACAUCUUUUCACAAUCACAUUUGGUCGUAAAUACAAUUGGAUCAUGAAUAUUUGGAUAACACUCUGUUUAUUCGGAACUGUCAUUAUUUACGUUUUAUGGAUCGGGCGUUUAGUUAAACAUCUCGUCCCAUUGAAGGGAAAGCCGUGGGAUGUACCCGCAUUUUGGAAUUUCCUCUGCGCAAUAGUUUUAAUUUAUCCAUUAACAAUUUUCAAGAGUUUAAAGCACUUAGAGAGCUGGUCAGGCAUCGCCGUAUUCUUUAUACUCUGGCUCAUUGUUUUCUCAUUAUAUUGGCUCAUAAAAGGCAUCCAUGAUGAAGGAUUUACUCCAGAAAAAAUUGUUUACUUCAAGAUAGGCAAAAUAUUCAUUUCAACAUUCGGUAUUAUGUCAAUGGCAUAUGAUUGUCACUGCAACAUCUUCCAAUCUCUCAGAAUUCUUAAAGAUCCUUAUCCAUAUCGCGGAAAACUACUUUCAGGACUUGUUGUACUCAUUUCUUUCAUUCUUUACAACGCGUUUGGUAUUUUCGCUUACUUGCACUUGUUCGAUAAAUUAGGUGCUGGUGCUGCUUUGGAAUAUUAUCCUUUGGAUAAUUGGUUCACAAAAGUGACAAUUUUCGGAGUUAUCGUCAUCCUCAUUCUUGGAGGGCCAAUGAUGGUCUUUCCAACAAGAUACGCUAUCCUUGAUAUGCUGUAUGGUAAUAAGGAAGUCAGUACUUUAACAUGGAAUGUUACAGGAGCUCUUAUCACGUUAUUAGCUACAGCAUGCGCAUGUAUCUCCAACAACAUUGUAUUCUUCUUCGACCUUGUUGGUGGAUUACUUACGCCUGGUUUCGUUUUUACAAUGCCAUGCGUAUUUUAUUUGAAGAAUGUGACAGAAAAGAGAUGGUAUAAUAUAGUUAUUUGUGUGAUUGUUAUAAUUAUAUCUGUUGCUGCAACUAUCGCUUGUACUUAUAAUGUUGUAACUGGAAAUUGA